UUGUUUUUUUUUCUUGGUUGUUUCUUUUAUUUUAGUGCUCAAAUCUUUGUAUAUAUAUUUGAAUAGUACUAUCAUGAGGAAGGAACGCUCGACCUGACAUCUUCUUACGACUUCCUAAACAAUUCGUUCCACAUGUUUUGCAUGUGGAAUCUAUUGAGGUGGGGGCAAAAAUGAGUAAGAAUUCCAAUUUAAAAUAAUAAAUUUCCAGAUUAUUAAAAAAACAGAAGAUAGAGAAGAAUGUAUACAAAUUCAGUGAAAGUUCGAGGGAGUCAAUAAAACUAAAUUUUUGUUAUAAUUUAUUUUUAUAUUUUGUAUAAUUUGUUUUUUUUUUUUUUUAUUGUUUGAUUGGCAAUGAAAUCAUUUAAAAAAAAAACAUACAGAACAAAAAAUAGAAGAAAAAUUAGAAUAUAAACUUUUUGUGGUUGCCAAUUAGAAAAAUUAAGGUUUUCCCUAUUUUUUUCGAAUCAUUUUCAAAUGAGACAAAUAUUUUUAAACCAUGUUAAUAAUCAUAGAGGAAAUAUAUUAUCUAGAGUCCCGCCUGGUACCCGUCCUACCUGAAACACCCUCAAAUUUUAUUCGAGGUGAACUCUCUCAAAUUCGAGGUAAACUCUCCCAAAUUCGCUAUCGGUGAAUACAUGUGAGUGGAGGAAAAAAAAAAAACAAAAUUGGGGAUUGGCUGAAAAGAAACUUAUGGAAUUUUUGUGACCUGGCAAUCAAUUUUGCAAAACAAAACAAUGGGUUUCGGAUUUUAAGAGUAAGUCUUUGUUAAUUGUUUUGAUUUUUAAUAUAAUUUGAUAUUUUUCAGACCAAAAUUCUUUAUAAUGAAGGGGGUAUAUAAAAGUUCAAUUCAUUGAAUAAAAAGUAAGUCAAAUUGAGUGAAUGAGGUGCAGCAAUAAUCGAUUUAUUUUAUAGCCUGUAUUUUCAUUUUAGAUAGUGCCAUAAUGCAGUAAGCAAUUUCCCUUAAGUAAUCUUGAAGGCAAACCAAACAAGGUGCUGAUUUGCAGGUAAGUUUUUUGUAUAUUAUAUUUCUCUUAACAAAAUAAUAUCAAUGUUUUUAAGAACAGAUACUGCCCAUUGUUUUUGUAUGUACUUCUCAACGGCAAUAGCUGCCGCAGGCGUUGACGGCGGAGGUGUCACCAUCAAAACCAUUAGAAACAACACGACCAAGUCAAUGAUGCAAGUGGAAGUUUUGCCAUGUAAUAGUCGCCCGCUGACACCCUUCUCCAUCAAUUGUGUAAGUACGUAUCGAAACAUUCAUAUCGUAUCGUAGUCAAUUAGCUUAAUCUUCAUCUUCUAGGUGUAAAGAGCACUACCAGUCUGCAGUUCUGCAAGAGACGCAAACAAAACAAGAAUACAAUCGCAGGAAGAGUUCAAAUUUUAAAUCUACAACGAUUCCAUUCAUUUUGCUCCUAAGGAUCGCACUGGCUUAACGGUGGCAAUCAUUCAGAGGCAAAUGAGCUGGCCCAACAAGAAUCCCCAAGAAGCCAAACAGAUUCAGAUCAGUCUCUCGGCAGCUACUGACGAUGUCGGUUGAAUCCAUCGAUUUUCACACAAAAAAUCAACAUCAAAAAAUUAAGUCAACUUCCAUUUCAGAUUUUCUUAUAUAAUGAAAAUUAAUUUCUUUAUAGUCACGACAAUUCAGAAGCGUCAACCAUUCACAUUGAACAACCUCUAUUCGCAGCGGAAGCGAUCGCUGCGUUGUCGACAAUGCGAACACAAUGUCAUCAAGCCGGAGUACCAUCCAGGAUCGAUCAAGUAUCACAUUCAAUUGCUUGCUAACUACCAUGUGCCCGACGUUCUGCUUGUGCGUUGUGAAAAGCCACUGAAGCCUGGCACGUCCACUGAAUUGAUCCUCAAGCUAACUAACCCAACGAUGUACCAUAUGACCACAACCAUUAUGAAACUGCCAACCAAGGAAGAUGAACGGCGAAUGAUCUACUUCGAAAAAAAGUUCAACGAAAGGAACCAAAUUUCACCACUUGGAGAAAGUCCAAUAAAGUAACAAUCAAAUUGAACUUCACACCUGAAGAAGGACUGAAACCAGGCGAUGAUGUUACCCUUAGUUUCUUGAUGAAAUAUACUUUUGUGAAUACAUACACACGCCCGAAAAGAAAGAACGUCAAAAACACGCAUUAUCAUCGAAAGUUUUUGUAAAAGUUGGUCAAUUGAAGCCUAAAUUUAUUUCUAUGUAUAUCUAAAAAUAAUCUUUUUUGCAAACAACUUGUUUAUUUAUUUUGAGCUAUAGUGUAAUUUUGUAUAUAUUGUAUAUUCUACUGUUUUUUUUUGCUGACUAGGAUUAUUUU